AUGGAUCUUCCAGCUCCAAAUGAUAUUCCAAACAUGAGAAUUUACAUCAACAAAAUUGAGACAUAUAUGCGCAGUCUAGAGUCACUUGGUACAUACCCUGACACUUAUUCAGCACUAUUAGUACCGGCAAUCAUGAAAAAAAUCCCACAAGAAUUCCUCAGAGAAAUAACUCGUCAGAAUGGAGAUGACAACUGGGAUAUACAUACAAUAUGUAAAGCAAUAAAAAGGGAAUUCGUUGUGCAUGAGAUGACUGACUUCAACAAUGUUGGUUACAGUGAACAAAAUAUAACUUCCAGCUUUAUAACUAGAGCUAAUACAAGGAGGAAGCCAGGAAACUUUGCACCGAGAAAAGGAGCCCAAUUGGAUGAAACACUAUGCAUUUUCUGCAAUGAAAACCACAGCCCAGUAAAUUGUAGCCUGAACCACAACAGGAAACUGGACAAAAUGAAGAUGGACAAGUUAUGUUUUAAUUGUCUUGGUAGGCACAAAGUGGCAGAUUGCAAAUCCAAGAAAACAUGCAAGAGGUGUAAUCGGCGUCACCAUACAAGUAUACGUACACGACAGAAGGAUGCAGUGGAAGAACCUGUGCAACAACAGAAGGCCAAGGUAUCAACACCCUCAUCUAGCAUUGUAAGUCUGCAUUCUACCUCAUCCAGAUCUUCUCAAGUUCUACUAAAGACAGCAGUGACAGAGGUACAGUCCAGGAAUGGAACAGAAUGUCAAGCAAACAUCAUGUUUGAUGAGGGAUCGCAACGAUCAUUUAUCAACCAAAAAUUAGCAUCUGAACUCCAGCUUGAGAUAAUUGGAAAAGAAGUACUCAAUGUUUCAAGAUUUGGAUCGAAGAAAACCGAAGUAUGUUACCUUGACAGAGUACGGCUGACUAUCAUUGGUGAAGGAAACCAGUGCAUACCGAUAGAUGUACUUGUUGUUCCACAAACUGGUGUUCCGAUUCAAACCCACUUAGCAGAGAUAAACCAACUACCACAUCUACGUCAUUUGAAACUAGCACAUGCCAAUCCAAGUGAUCAACCAUUUGAAAUAGAAAUACUUAUUGGAGCAGAUUACUUCUGGGCAUCAUCAUGA